AUGUUGAAGGGUUUGAAGCUUUCGGAGGAGGAGAAGAAGGGCGUAAAGGUUCGGCUCUCAUCUAGGGAGAAAGGGAAGGAGACGAUGUUGCAGGUGGUGGGUAAGGCCAUGUCUGAGAGAUUGGCACAUCCAGAUGCGAUCUGCCUCUCCCUGGGCAAGGUUUGGUGUCCGAUCAAGGGAAUUUGGUGCAAGGAGAUAGGUGUGAGUCAGUUCCUAUUCACGUUUCACCAAGAGUCGGGUAAGCGCAAGGCGAUUGAAGAUGGACCAUGGAUGUUUGACAAGGAACUAGUGGUGGUGGAAGACUACGUACCGAGCAAGAGGCCGGAGGAUUACAAUCACAACAACAUCCCAAUUUGGGUUAGGGUUUAUAACCUUCCUCUCGGCAUGAUGACCGAGGAGUCUGCAGAGGAUAUUGGUAAUAUCAUUGGGGAGUUUGUGGAGGCGGACACAGGGGCUGAUGGGAUUGCUAUUGGCAAGUUUCUGCGGAUCAAAAUCAGGAUGCAGAUUGAUAGACCAAUCAUGAGGGGUUUUACCCUAGACGGGGGAGAGGAGAGUGCAGAGGUGCAUGACAAGGGGAAGGUAGCCUCAGAGAGGGGGGAAGAAGAGGAGGAUAGAGAUUGGUGCAAAUUUGAAUAUGAAUACUUGCCGGAUUUCUACUAUACAUGUGGGAUCAUUGGUCACGGAGAGAAGGAUUGCUCUAUCAAGUUGAAGAAGGGAGAACGCUCACAAUUUGGGCGCUGGCUGCAGGCUGAUAUAGGUCAGCGUAAGGGAUGGUCUGAGGAGAGAUUUUGGAGGUCUGGAGGAAGAAGUUCCAGCGGGCCACGCAACUAUGGGUACAGCUGGUCGGGCGGGCGGUCGGGCAGUGGGAGCGAGAGCUUAUCCUGGAGGAAGAGCGACUCCCACUCCAACGGAGGUGGAGUUGGCAGGUCGGGUAAGGAGGAGGAGGUAACUAGCCCUGUCAAAAAUGAUAAGUUUCUUGGGGGAAGGGUUAAUCCAAAGAAGCUGGAUCUCGAAGAAGGAGCAAAACGGCUGCAAGCUAGUCCUGAUGGGCAAGAGGAUGUGGCACCUGCUGCAGUAAGAAACCCGAGCAAGUCAGAGAUGACGUCUGUGGAGAAGGGUGGGAGGAUGGUUACACCAAGCGGGGUGGGGGAGAAAGACAAGUCCUCGGGAGGGAGAAAAUACAAAAAGAAGGGUAGAGACAUGGCUGGUGUAGUGGCUGCGAGGGAGAUGGAUACUGGUCUGGGCGGGAAGAGGGGGAGGGUGGAAGAAGAGGAGCUAGGAAAGAAGGGUAAGGUGGAUGAGAUGUCUUGGGAUGUUGUGCUGGCGAUCGACACCCUGCUUUUGGCUGCCAAUGAUAAGAUAUUGGCCGGGCUGCUGGAGCAGCCCCGCCGGGAGCCAUGA